AUGGCGUCCCGGGUCCGCGACGUGAGCGGGACGAGCAACGUGGGCGAGGCCGAUGCAGACUCGCGCGAGAAGAGACGCGUGGCCGUGAGGCUAGAGCGUCGAGAGAGGGAGAGGGAGAGGGAUAGAGACAAAGAGCGGGAUCGAGACCGAGAUCGAGAGCGGGAUCGAGGAGACCGAGACCGAGACCGAGACCGAGACCGAGACAGAGACAGAGACAGAGACAGAGACAGAGACAGAGACAGAGAUCGUGAUCGAGAAAAGGAGGCGAAGCCAUCGACGCUGUCGUCGUUGCUGACAUCGACGCUAUCUCACCGCUCGACGUCGCUACGGUCGACGGCAACGGCGACGGGCAGCAGCAGCCGAGCAGCCCGGCCGCGGUCACGAGAGAGCGACCUGGCAUACGGGUCGGGAGCAUCGGGCACGGGGCCCUCGCGCAGCCACACGCACCGGAGCCGGCAUCUGCACAGCGUCAGCGGCAGCACGACGGCGAGCCGGCACCAUCGGACAGCCUCAGGUACGGGGUCGCACCGAUCAUCGCGGCGGCGAAACAAGGACGGGUCGUCGUCAGUGACAGAGCGGGCGAAGACGACGACGACGACGACGACGACGAAAAACACGACGCGGACGAGUCAAGACGACGAGCGGGACGAGGAGGACUACGAAGACUGCGAGGCGGACGAGAGGAGCAGCCAAGAGCUAGCCAGCAGCAACAAGGAAAAGCCGCAGCGAGUCUCCAGCCUGGCAAAACGGACGUUUCUGGCAGCCACAACGACGCUAUCCCGAUCCGCUUCGACGUCGGCCGUCCAUCUGGUGCCGGAGAUGGGUCGCAGCCGCGACCGGCUGCCCUAUCCGUCAGCCAACCAGGCACACAGCCGCGAGGGCUUGAUGAGCCGCGAAGAGCUGGUGGCCGGAGGAACGGCCGACCGGACGGCUGACCCGCUCACACCCGACGCCACGGACGUGAGCCAUGCCGGCAACCAGAACCAAAUGCGGCGUUCCAAGUCGGUCAGCGCAGCCGCCAUGACAGGCGGUGGACGGACCAACAACAGCACCAACUCGCCAGCCACGAGCAGCCGGUCGAUACGACAUGACCGACCGCCCAGUCCACCAGACACGAACUUGUCAUCAGCAGGAACAGAGAUGCAGCAGCAGCAGCAGCAGCAGACACAACAGUUGCCGGUCCGACUGUCAGUGCCAUCCUCGCUCGAGGACCUGGCCCGAUGCCAGUCUCAGCCGUCCAUGGCAUCCAGCCAGGCCACCUACACGCAGCAGCCACAACAGCCACCGCCAGCGUACUCGGAGCACGACGACAACACCAACUUCUCGGCCGAGUCGGCACAGGACUCGGCCUCGCCGCUGACUCCGACACCCAUCGACAUUGCCUCGCCAGCCUUUUUUGCCGCGGCAGCCGAGUACAAGCGACGACAGCUGCAGCAGCAACAGGUCCAACAGCAGCAGCUGCAACAGCUGCAGCAACAGCAACUCGAACAGCUGCAGCAGCUACAACAGAAACAACAGCAGCAGCUCCAACAACAGCAGAUGCAGCAGAUGCAGCAGCAGACGCCGUCGCCGUCAUCGUGCUCUACGCCCAGCCCAGCCGACCCGGACGACACGAUGACGGCAUCGUUCACGUCGACGAUACCGCCACAGGCGAUGCCACCGCCGCCACCGCCGCCGCCGAUCAGCAUCGUCGAAGUGCCGCGGAUCGACUACCUGAUGCAGAACGGCGGACUGCCAUCGCCGGUGCCCAAGACCUUUCUGGCCGCGCUGCCGCGGACAAGCAGCACGGCGAUGCGGGCCCAGCCACCACAACAGCCGCCACUGCAGGGAGCCGAGACGCUGUUCACGCCCUUCUUCAACCUGCUGGGCCAGUACCAGACGGUGCUGCAGAGCCACGGAUCGCUGGCAGUAGCGACGGGACACCGCACCGUAGCCCGCCGGCUGCUGGACCGGCUGGAGAUUGUCUUCUCGCGCGAGCUCCCACCCGACGGCUGUUCCUGUGUGGUUUGUGAGGGGGGGAGCACCGGACCGGGACAGCGCGAGACAGCAGCCAGCGAGAUCAGCAGCAUCAGCGGCAGCAACAGCAUCAGCAACAGCAUCAGCAACACCGGCCAUCGGGGUCUCGGCUGGGGCGAGGUGCUGGAACGGGUGAGCGGACGGAUCGACCUACCGACAUGGCCGCCGAUCAACAUCAGCGCGUUGGAGCAGCAGCUAGACGCGGCCGCGACGACAGCAGCCGCUGUGGGUGCCGGCGCCAACGCCCAUCUCACGAGCAUGCUCCCGGGCGGACUGCCGCCGACACGGCCCAUGUCUCCGGUCAAGAUCGACCCCGACAUCGCGGACGAGUUUCGUGAGCACUACCUGCGGCAGAACAAAAAGGUACGGGCCAGCGUCGACCGGUGGAUGCGCGAGUGCGCUGACGCGCCCGCCUCGCCACCCCAAGAGAUCGACGACGAGACGCUCGCGUUUGCCAUCCUGACGAAUCUCGGUCCCGACGACCGCCCGCUCUUCAACGCGCUGCUGGCCGGCACCCGCGAGCUGCAGCCGGCCGUGCGCGCGCCCACGCCCAUGCACAACCGUCCGCGGCCGGACUUUCUGGUGCGCAACGGCCUGGCCAUCCAGCGCCUCUACCGCCUGUCCGGCAGCCCGCCGCGGGAUGCCGAAACGGCUCUGUACCUGGUCCGGAAUCCGGGCGUCCACGACCUGCUGCACACCAUUGCCGACAUCCACCCGUCCGAGUGGGAGAUCUUGGUGUCCGGCCGCUUCGACGGCUUCCUCUGGUCCGGGGCCGAUGAUGCAGCCGGUCCGGGUGUCAGUCCCAAGAACACCGCCGACGACGACGCCACCACGCCCAUCGCCGGCGAGCCGCCAGCCUCGGCCUUUUUGCCCACCAUCGCCCAUCCACUGCCACACCCACCAGCCACACCUCAGUCACGUGGUCCAACGCCACUAUCCGUCUAUGCACCUUCGCGCGGACCGACCCCGAUGACGCGCAACGUCACGCCCGCCUCGUUUGUCAGCAGCACCAGCAGCUUCUCGGCCGCGUCCGGCAUGUCCGGCAUGACCGGCAUGUCGGCCGCCACGUCCGCAGCUACCGCCCGCCAUGCCGUCUCGACCGACGAGGAGGCCGAGAUCGCCGCGCUGGCCGAGGUCGAGCGCGAGAUCUACCGCGGCAUGGAGGCCCUCGAAGACGCCUUUGAGGCUCUGCACAGCCGCGCCGAGACCGUUCGCACCGCCCUCCGACAGCGCAGCGCCGGCCUGUCUGUCCGUCUGCAGCAGCGUCGGGCCGUCGCCGCCGGCCGCGUCAACGUCCUGCCGCAGCUCGGCGUCAACGGCGGCGUCGUUCCGAGCCCGGCACGGAGCCAUAGCGUGAACCAUGCCAUGGACCUGCCCGCCAGCCCUCACGGCUACUCCUACGGCUACAACCAGAACCAGAAAGUCGCCUACCCCGGCAUGCUCGCCCAGCCCGCAACCCCCGCCGGCGACCCCGACAGCUGGGACGCCGCCGAUGAGUACCUGCUCGAGCUCAAGCCCGAGGACUCGGCCAGCAACAUCAGCAGCUCCCAGCAUCGCCGUCCCAAACGCCGCAGCGAACGCCGCACCCCCGCUCCCAUCGAGGAAGAGGACGAGUAG